GAUUAACAUUAGUGUAUCAAGCCCUUGAUUGUAAGCACACUAGCUAGCUCUUUUACAUCAAUGGCAAUGAAAUCUAUCAUCUCAAUCACCAUUUUGGCUGUUGUUUUAGUGGCAACACAAGCUCAAGCGCUAGGAAUCAUUCCGGAUGUUAACGUUGGUACUUUGGUAAACAUCAAUGGAACUGUAUCUUGUUCUGUGAAUGCCAGUGUUAGUGGCACAACCCCAGCCCCUCCCUUUCCAAAUGCUACAGUCGCCCUAUCAUGCGGUGGAAGAGUGAUUGCCACAACCAUGACAAAUAACAUGGGAAUGCUUAACAUUAUGGUCAUGUUAAAUCAAUUUCUUCCAAUUACUCUUAGCAACAUCACAUCAUCUUGUAGACUAGUUGUUGUCACACCACUCUCGACUUGUAACGCAACUCUGCCAUCAAACGGAACUCUAGAAGCGCCACUACGAUUCGUUAAUAGCACCGUUAUUAGCACCACUAGUGGGCUUAGAAAUUCUCUGAAUUUUUUAGCACCGAAUUUCACCUUGCGCGUCCAAGCUUAGAUUAUUCUGAGUUUGCUACACUGUAAUGUACGAAUAAAGGAUUAUUGUGUUUAGUAACACAAUAUAUAUAUAAUGUAUGAAUAAAGGAACAUGCUGGGUAUGUUUGUUUAUCUAUUCCCUAGUUAAUUAAGAACACUACUCUUUACAUAUACGACA